CCAUGGUGGGACUGCUGGCGCCUUUCACCUGCGACUCGCUGGCCACGUCCCGCCAGCGGGCAGGGGCCUGCCUCGGCCACCUCCUCCGCAUACAAGGCAAGACGCUGGAGACGGGGGCCGAGGAGGACGAGGUGCAGCCUUUGUGCCAGCGCCUGAGCGCCCCAGACGCCGAGGCUCUGCUCCAGGCUUCCUCCAGACUCAGAAAGAUCGUCUGCAAACACAUCCCGCCAGCGCAGGCCACGGACUUCCUCUCUGCCGCCCUGGACGGGAUGCUG